AUGUCCACACAUGAUACGAUUACUCGAGAUUAUUUAUUAGAAGCACUCUUUGAUAUAACACUUAUUGAGGAGAUUUUUCACGCGAAGACUAAUUGGGGGGAUUCCCCCGACUUCAGGACGACUAUCAUAUGUCCACCAGGUAGUCCUAUUCAGCUGUUAACGGAUAUUUGUUCGGUGAAGUGUUUUAAUGGAUUUCAUGUUCGAGAAAUUUCUGGACAUUCAAACAUUAAUAUGAGAACGAUUCAAAUAUUGGAAGGUUUCCAGCUACCUUCUGACCUCCUGCAAGAAAAGUUUCGAUAUAAUUUUAGUUCAAAAGGCAAGUAUCGUAUUCACAUGUUCAACUUUAGUCAAGCUCGCAAAUCCAAGGGCAAUCAUAACGGUUUCAAGCUAUCAGAAUUUUUCGGAUUCAAUCACAAGGCUUUGUCUUCCAUCCUAACAGCCGCCAAAAAUUGGAACCUAUUGAAAUAUAGCCAUGAGGACGUCUUGCUUAUUUGGUACUCAAUUGGUAUAAUACAUCGAAAUACGAACAGUAUUAUGUCCUCUUAUAAGAUUUAUUUGUUGGAAGCUGCCAUCUGCAUCUUUGCCCUUAUAAUUUUUGCCGAUGGGUGGGAUUAUGCUAAAAAGUAUCAAGUUCCUAAAGCAGAGGCACGGAUGAGAGCAAUAAUACUUUGCGACUUAUUGCAGACGCCUCCAAGUAAACGAUUCGAGAGAAUUCUGGAUCUGUUGACCUGA